GAUCACAUCUAGUGAAUUUUAUCCAAAUGUAAGUGAUACGUUUCUUUUUAUACAAGUUAAAGAACUUAUAUAAAAUGAGCUGUACUUCGCUAGAAAAUCGAAUACAGACGCGUUUGUAUAAGUUAUAGAGGCACACCCCCAACACCCAGCCUCUGGGCGUGUUUGUAGGGCUAUACGGCGCAGCUCUGGCUGACGCGAAGCACAGGACCGAACAUGCGCGUUGGUCGUGACAGAAUGGAGCAGGCAGCCGAUAAAACUGAGUCCGGGGACCGGGGAGCGGUGGAGCAGCGGGCAGAUGCAGUGGAGGGCUGCCCCCCUGUGGUGCCUCGCUCAGAGUGGGGGGCCCGGCCCCCGAGGCUCUCGGAGAGCAUGCAGGUCCCGGCAGCGCUGGCAGUGAUUCACCACACAGCCAUGCCGCUUGGCCACACCCACUCCGCCUGCUGCGUGCAGCUCCGGAACAUCCAGCGGCUGCACAUGGAUGAGCGCGGCUGGAACGACAUUGGCUACAACUUCCUGAUUGGUCCGGACGGCACAGUGUAUGAGGGGCGGGGCUGGGGUGUGGAAGGUGCUCACACUCGCAUGUUCAAUAACAAGGCGCUGGGCAUCGCGCUCAUGGGCUGCUUCACCGACUCGGCCCCCAGCCUGGAGGCUCUCUCUUCGGCCCGCAGGCUGCUCCACUGCGGGGUGUCUCUGGGGUACCUGCUCCCUGCCUUCACCCUGAAGGGGCACCGUGACCUGGGCAGCACUCAGUGCCCCGGAGACAAGCUGCACAGCUCCAUCCGACAGUGGGCAAGCUACCGACCCUGAGGGGCUACUGCCACACCAUCCACCAGGGGGCAGGAGAGAGACCCUGAGGAGACAGGGGCCGGCUCAAAGAGAGCGGGGCAGGAAAGGGGAGCCCCCUUCCUAGGCCUUCAGAAGGGAUUGAGGGGUGAGGGUGGAGGCGGUGAGGCCCGGUGAGGGGGCUUUCGAUGGCUACUCCUCACCUCUAUGGAGAUGAGAAAUGAUUUUGAUUUUUCUGUGAAAAACAGACAGUAAAUAAAUAAUAUGAAAGUAAACGAAGUCUGCGCCUCUUAGUCUGAGUUUCUUCAGUCCUUUUCUUCUUGGUUUCAAAGGAAUACAGUGGCAAUGGUAACUCAUAUAAAGCAGUUGAAUGGGUUCUUAUACUGAUUUAGUAAAGGUGGUGUCUAGAGUCUCAUUCAGUCCUGCGGGUGUUACUGUGUGCUUCCCCUGCAGUGCUUGUGUGUGGAUACCAUUGUUACUGCACAUUCCUUUCAUGCAUCAUCCUGCAAGCAGGCGAAGAGGGGAAAGCUGAAGUUCAAACUCAUGAAGGGGACCCUGAGAGUCUUCUUUUUUUAUUUUGGUUUUGGGACAUAAAAUGACAUCUUUUAUAAAAAGUUUCCCGCAAAGUGUAAUAAAUCACAGUGAGGGCAUUGUGAAGCACAGAGAGGUAUGGUGAAGCAUAUUUAAAAAGCAUGGUAAACUAUGUAAAUGUAUAGUAUAGGGCAAAACUUCAAAAUGACCCCUGGUGAACUUUUAUAAGAAGAGUCUCGAAGGUUUCUGUUAGUUUCGACUUUAUUCUCCACUCUCAUCCGUACAGCUGGCAGGGUUUAGUGUGUUUAGAUGGGAGGAGAAUGUCUUCAGUUUUUCACCCAUGUUUGCCAUUCAGCAUGUUCCCAAGCUAAUAUUUAAUAGUAAAGUAAACAGACAGGCAGUCAGACAGAGAGAGUAUACGGGUCCCCAUUUUUGACCACAGCCCCUAUAAACAAGCAUGGGGAUCCCAUAUUUUUCUAGCUGUAUAUGAAAUGCCAUCACCCAAGAAAACAGACAUUUGCGCUCUUCCAAAACACAGUGACAAAGAUAAGUCAAAUACAUCCAUAAAUUAAGCGUUUUAAUAAAUCCUAUGCGACAAACUUUACCGAUGCUACAGGUUUGGAUUGAUUAAACCGGCUUUAGUAGUACCAGGUCGGGGUGCAAGUACGGGUUAAAGCGCAAGAUGUUGUUUUUAAAUGUCAAUUCUGCAUCCAGAGCUGUGUUUUAUUUAAAUGUGAUACCAAAUGAACCAGGAAUAUACUGUGGCCUGGUUUAGUUGGUAAAACGCCUGAUCCUCUGAUAUGUAUGCCUGGGAGGGGAAAGCCGUGGGACCUGGCUGUGUAUGGUCCGAAUCCUAUGAACUAAUAAAUGUGCUGUGC